CUCUUUCUCCAUUAAGUAGUCUUUCCUUCCAAGCCCCUCCCAAUCUCUUAGAUUAACUCCUCUCUAUCACCUCUUUUCUCAUAUCUUUAUGGCCAUACAUAUUUGCUUGAAUCACUUAGUCUUGGGUUUGAAACUUACACUUUUCAAGAUUAAGUUUUUGAGCUAGGGGGAGCUAGCUAUAAUAAAGAUAGUUAAAUAUGCAGUAAGAAAAGAAGAAAGAGAUUGCUCUUCACUACUUCUCAUCAUUUCCAUUUCCAAAUUUCAAAACCAUACAUAAACCAUCAUAUACCCCAAAAUACCAUACUUCUUCUUUUCAAAUAUAUUGCAAAAACAAGCUAAACAAAAAACACCCUUUUCUUCUUUUUGCUGUUAUAUAUUUUUGCAUGGAUAACAUCUUGGUGGGUGAUCAAGGCGGGAGUAGUAUGUUGAGAGACUAUAGGAAAGGGAAUUGGACAGUACAAGAAACUAUGGUACUUAUAGAAGCGAAGAAAAUGGACGAUGAAAGGAGAAACAAAAGGCAAGGGUAUAUUAAUGAAAGGGGAAAACCAACAGAGCUAAGAUGGAAAUGGGUAGAGGACUAUUGUUGGAGAAAUUCUUGUUUGAGGAGCCAAAAUCAGUGUAAUGACAAAUGGGAUAAUCUCAUGAGAGAUUUCAAGAAAGUUAGAGAAUAUGAAAGAAGAGAGGCUGAAAAAGCAGCAGAAGGUGGAGAAGAAAUUAUAAGAUCUUAUUGGAAGAUUGAGAAGAAUGAAAGGAAAGAAAAAAGUUUGCCUACUAAUAUGUUGCCUGAGAUUUAUGAGGCAUUAGUUGAAGUUGUGGACAGAAAAGGUCAAAGAAUGUUGCCUGCUUCUUUGCCUCCUACAUUGCAACAACAAUCUACUCAACCUCAAAUUGCAGCUUUGCCACUUCCUCCACUACCAUUACCAUUACCACCAACAACAGUAGUAGCACAAACAGCAGCCCAUCAACUUUCUGAUGUUGCUUACACUGAUCAAUAUCCUUUUCCCACAAUGUGUGAUAGCUCAGAUCCUGAUACAAGUGAUCAGCGUUCAGAUUCACCAGCCAAGAAAAGAAGAAUGAGUGGUGAAGGAACCAGUAGUGGCACAGCAAAAGGUAACAUUAACAACUCAUCACAAGAAGUUGGCUCUGCUAUCUCCAAAAGUGCUGCUAUUAUAGCAGAAGCAAUUCAGUCUUGUGAAGAGAGAGAAGAGAGAAGGCACAGAGAACUCUUAACUUUGCAUGAGAGAAGGCUGCAAAUUGAGGAGUCAAAAGCUGAGAUCAAUAGAGAAGGAAUCAAUGGACUUGUGGAUUCUAUCAACAAACUUGCUAAUUCCAUCCUUGCUUUGGCUGGUAACAAGAACCAAUCAGCUCCCUAAAUUAUGUUGCUAUAUUGUCAUUAAUUCUUCUUACUCAUUUGGUGAACAAGUACUUUAGGAAAAUAUUAAAGGUAUAACAGGAGAGACUAUAAUUAUUAAAUUCCAAUUUAUUGUACAGUGCUGAUGAAUAUUUGAUUGUCAUCAUGUAUCUUAGCGAGGGUUUUGGAAUCAACCUCCCUGCCUUCCUAAGGUAUAGGAGUAAGGUCCGCAUACGCACUACCUUUCUCGUACUUCACUUGUGGGAAUUCACUAAUUUUAUUGUUGUUAUUAUUGUA